GCCUUUUCCAUCAUCCCCAAUACUCGGGGAAAGCGCAGCUGUUGCACGCCGGGCGAGGCUCCCCGGCGCCCGCUUGCAAAACGCAGUCGCGCCCCCUUCCCUUUCCUUCCCUUCCCCAGCGAGGGCGGGCAGAGCUCAGCGGCUGCUGGGCGCCCGCUAGGCGGUGCUGGGCGCUGCAGGAGGCGCGGGGCCAUCCCUGGGCGGUGGCCGGGCGGGUGGGCGAGCCGCUGGACAGAGGCGCUUUCCCUCCGUCUCCGCCGCCAGCAUGAGCUCCGCGCUGGGCUUCCUGGAGGCCGGGGCCGUGCAGAAGCACUGGCCCGCCUCCCACGCUCUCCUCUCGGCUCUCGAAGCCGCCUUGGUCGCCUUCUCCAGCGGUCCCGAGGGCGGCGUGGUGCAGCCGCUGCGCACCGUCCUCCCCAUCCAGAAGCACAAUGGCUUUUUAGGGGUCAUGCCCGCUUACAGUGCAAAGGACGAUGCCCUGACAACCAAGCUGGUGACCUUUUAUGAGAAUGUGUCUCCUUCGCAUCAAGCCUCGGUCCUGUUGUUUGACCCAACAAAUGGCACCCUCAAAGCGGUGAUGGAUGGCAACGUCAUCACAGCCAAGCGUACGGCAGCUGUUUCGGCAAUAGCUACCAAGUAUUUAAUGCCUGCAAAUUCAGAGGUCUUCUGCAUUCUGGGAGCUGGUGUGCAGGCCUACAGCCACUACGAACUUUUCACAGAGCUGUUCUCAUUUAAAGAGGUUAGAAUCUGGAAUCGCACCAAGCAGAACGCGGAAAAAUUUGCUCAGACGGUGAACGGACCAGUCCAGGUGUGUUCCUCAGUCCAGGAGGCUGUCCGCGGGGCCGAUGUGAUUGUCACUGUCACAAUGGCAACUCAGCCCAUCUUGCACGGAGAGUGGGUGAAACCCGGAGCCCACGUCAAUGCUGUAGGAGCCAGUCGGCCUGAUUGGAGAGAACUAGAUGACGAUAUAAUGAGGAAUUCGGUAUUGUAUGUCGAUUCAAAAGAGGCAGCCCUGCGCGAAUCAGGAGAUGUUAUUUUAUCGGGGGCAAGCAUUUUUGCAGAACUCGGCAAGGUGAUCUUGGGAAGCAAACCAGCCCUGCGGGAGGAAACCACGGUGUUCAAAUCACUGGGAAUGGCCAUUGAAGACACCGUGGCUGCAAAACUGGUCUUUGAAUCUUGGUCAGCCAGUGGAUGAAGGCACCACCUUCUGAUCCUCUCAGGCCACAGAAUAAUAAAAGGAAGAUCACGUCUGAACGAAAACGGCUGAGAUUGCACAACAAACUGUCUUACUGUGUUACAAUAGGAAGAUAAAUAGUAACGUAACAAAAGAAUCAAAUGAUUUUUCUUGGCGUUUCUCAAGCCGGGCGACUUCAAGAUGUGUGCACUUCAACUCCCAGAAUUCCCCAGCCUGCCUGGAAUUCUGGGAGUUGAAGUCCACAUAUCUUACAGCAUGCUGGCUGGAGAAUUCUGGGAGUUGAAGUCCAUCCAACUUAAAGCAUGCUG